AAAACUUCAGACAUAACUUUCUACAGUAGCCUAACUCUGUCACUCAAUUCACAAACUUUCUCGUAUACUAUUACCAACCGCUACUGUCACGUCGUUUUUUGUGUUCACGGUACUUGUGACUCAUUGUUUUAUGAUCGCAGAAGGUAAAACCAAGUUAUUCAAAUACUAGAAAUCGAAACUGAGAGAAGCGACAGUGAAGCAACUUCGGGAAAAGGAUGAAUGAGUGAGUUCUAACACCUUCACAGUCCCAUGGCCUCUGCCCUAAGCCAUCUCUCUCCAAUGUCUGUAAGAGCAAGAGAUGGAUGGAGUGAUGAAGGAAGAGGAGAGGAGCAGGUGGAGGAUGAGUUUGCGUGUUCCGGGGCGCUACGCGGUGCCCUACAGUCCUUCCAUCCCACAGUUGAGAGGAUAUUUGGGGUGACCUUUACGAUCGGCAGAGAGGAGGCUGCUGUGUUACCCCAUGAUGGACAGAUCUGGCUCAAACUAAAAGGCGAGAGGAAGGACGCUGUGGCUGCCAAAUUGUUUGUGAAGGGAGUUGUGAACCAGGAGGCCCAGCAGGAGGUUCCGUAUCCAGGGGUCCUUCACUGUGUGUUCUGUGGAGCCCGAGGGCUGUUCAUGGAGUGCCUGAUCAGAAACACCUCUGCUUAUAUACUGGUGGGUUCACCAGGCUUCCUGCUAAUCUCAGGGCUGGCAGAACCAGUGGUCAGGGCCUAUUCUCUCAUCACAGACCUGGUGGAACACUACAAGGGCACGCAGGGACGACGAACUGAGCCUGGCGACAGAGGAUCAGGCGAGACCCUGGAUUCCCGUCGGGCCUUCAAAUCGCUGGUGGAGAGAUGGGAGGACAGGCACACUCUGGAUCUCCUGGUGCUACCAGGGGCGGUGAAGGAGACUCUACUGGAUCUGAUGAGGGAGUCUGGGCUGGGAUCCAACCCCGGUCCUGGGGGCUUGAACACAGUUCCUGGGCUGGGCUCGAACCUCAGUCUUGGGGGGUCUAGAGACACAGUGGGUCUAAUGGACACUGAUAGCCAGAGACGAUGGGACAGCCAAUCAGACUUGGACAGACUAACACUUAAGGAUACCAGAGUAUUGAACAGAGCUGGAGAGGCUAGGGACAUAGAGGGAAUACAGGGGAUUUCCACAUCAACGACCAAACCUCCCGAACAUUCCACCCACAACCAAGACCCUGGUCUACGGAAUGUUGGGCAGCUUUCUCAACAAAAGACAUUCACUACCUCACCUGUACAAGGAAGAGAGAUGGGCAAAGAUUGGACACAGGGAGGGAUAGAUAAAGACGCAGCACCCCGACUUCCCAUCUUCCACUCUUUCCUCCAAACCGAGGAGGGGCAAGUACGUUCCCCACAGGAGGUAGAGGAUGAGGAACAGGGGGAAGAAGAGGAAGAGAUGGAGGUAGAAGAAGGAGAGGGGGAGAUGUUGUUGUCAGUAGGGAGUAGGGAGGAGUUUGGGCUCUUGCUGAAGUUCUUCACGGCUAUGGGCUAUGCGGAAGAUGUGGUACUGAGGGUCCUGGCCCGGACCGGACCCAGAGAAGCCUCCCAGAUCCUUGACCUGGUCCAGCAAGAACAUGACCAGACCGGACUGGCCAUGAACCGCCCAGUGGAGAUGGAGCACAGAGAGGUGGAGGAGAGGGAAGCAACCAGAGCGAAGGAGAAACGGGGUCUCUUUCCCCUAGCAGCACAGGGAAGGGAUCUCCCAGCCCUAACAACAGUGGCUGUUGAUAGACGGGGUCUCCCGACCAUGGCAGCAGGGGCUGUGGUGACAGGGCAACAGCGCUUCCUGGAAGGCCUCCAGACGCCCUUUGACCUCAAGCUGACCGACCAAACAGGAGACCCGGGACUCAGGAUGGUCAUCAUCGACGGGAGCAACAUCGCCAUGAGUCACGGGCUGGGUCAUUUCUUCUCGUGUCGAGGCAUCGCCCUGGCCGUGCAACACUUCUGGAACCGCGGGCAUCGCAGAAUCAGUACCUUCCUGCCCCAGUGGAGGCAGAAGAGAGACCACCGGGGCAAAGAGCAGCACUACCUUAGUGAGCUCCAGAACCUGGGCCUGCUCUCCUACACCCCCUCCAGAGAAGUCCAGGGGAAGAGGAUCAACUCAUACGACGACAGGUUCAUGCUGCAGCUGGCCCAGAAGACGGAUGGAGUGAUCGUGACAAACGACAACCUCAGAGACCUGCUGGAUGAGUCUCAUGUAUGGAGAGACAUCAUCAAGAAAAGACUCCUCCAGUACACGUUUGUGGGGGAUCACUUUAUGGUACCGGAUGAUCCGCUGGGCCGAGGAGGACCCCACCUAGAUGACUUCCUACGCUCCCAGCACAGGCCUCCUGUCCCGGGCAUUCACUCGUUUUCAGGCGUGGCAUCCUCCUUCCACUCUCCUCGAGCUCCCAGGGCCCAGACAGAGGUCCUUCAGUUCUGUGACUGGACACCAGGGGUUGUUGUGGAGCCAGAUCCCAUUCAGGCCAGGGGCAAUGGGGAGGCUAGGGCUGGAUGCGGUGGCCCAGGGAUGGGCCUUGGUCUGGGGCCGGGGCAGGGGCUGGGGCUGGGGGUGGAGAGGAGCGCAGCAGAGACCUCCAGGCUUAGGGAGAGCCUAUCCCAGGUGUUCCCAGGACAGGAUAGCAUGGUUACUCUGGUGCUGCAGUGUAAUCCUACAGUGACUGACAUCAAUUCACUGUCACACUUUAUACUGGAGGGCCAGACAGAGAGUGAGCAGGGGGGUGUAGACUGAGAGUAGUGUGUGUGUGUGUGUGUGUGUGUGUGUGUGUGUGUGUGUGUGUGUGUGUGUGUGUGUGU